AUGGCGGCCUCCCACGCGGAGGCGGAGGCGGCGUUGCUGCUCCGACGUGCCCUCGCGCACGCAACCUCUGCCCCGCGGCGGGCACCGCGGCGGGAGUCGGACCCGAAGAAGCGGGUGGUGAUCACGGGGAUGGGCGUGGUGUCGGUGUUCGGCAACGACGUGGGCGCGUACUACGACCGCCUCCUCGCCGGGAGCGGCGGUGCCGGCCCCAUCGACCGCUUCGACGCCUCCGGGUUCUCCACCCGCUUUGCCGCCCAGAUCCGCGGUUUCUCCUGCGAGGGCCACAUUGACGACGAGAGCAACCGCCGCCUCGAUGAUUGCCAGCGCUACGCCCUCGUCGCCGUCAGGAAGGCCCUCGCGUCCGCCGGGCUCGCCCUCGGCUCCAGAGCAAUGUACAAGCGGCCCGCAGAUCGACAAGGAACGCGCCGGCGUGGUCGUGGGCUCCGGCAACGGCGGUGCGACGACAUUCUCGGCCGGGGUGGAAGACUUCGUGAGGAAGGGGCCGAGGGGAGUCUCCCCCUGCACCAUCCCGUUCGCGAUGCCCAACGCGGCGUCGGCGCUGGUCUCCAUCGACGCCGGGAUCGGCUUCCUUGGCCCCAACUGCUCCGUCUCCACAGCACCGCGGACCAGAUCCGGCUAGGCCGCUCCGACGUCAUGGGCGGCGCGGAGGCCGCCGUCGCGCCUGUCUGCCUCGGCGGGUUCGCGGCCCUGCGGGCGCUGUCGUGGCGGAACGGCGACCCCGGCGCGGCGUCCCGGCCGUGGGACAGGGACCGCGACGGCUUCGUCUUGGGCGAAGGUACUGGUAUGUGCGCGCCGCCGCCGCGCUCUCGAGGGAACGUGUGCGUGCGUCUGUGCUCGCCGCUACUGUUCGUCGUGCGGUGCGUGCGGCUCGUGCCACGCUGCAAGCUGAUGACGAGGCACGGGAGGCGGCGCGGCGCCCCGAUCCUCGCGGAGUACCUGGGCGGCGCGGCGAGCUGCGACGCUCACCACCUGAUGGACCCGAGGCCCGACGGCCGUGGCGCGGCGGCGUGCAUCAGACGGAGCCUGGAAGACGCCGGCGUGGCGCCGGAGGAGGUGAACUACGUGAACGCUCACGCGACCUCCUCGCUUGCCGGGGACCUGGCAGAGGUGAAGGCACUGAAGCAGGUGUUCAAGAACCCGUCCCAGAUCAAAAUGAACGCUACCAAGUCCAUGAUCGGGCAUUGCCUUGGCGCGGCCGGCGGGCUGGAAGCCAUUGCUAGCCAUAACCACCGGCUGGGUGCAUCCGACCAUAAACCAAUUCGUAUCUCCAAUUCGUUUGGAUUUGGUGGGCACAACUCGGUGGCAGUGUUCGCACUGUUCAAGCCCAUACCCUGGUGA